UCCAAUAACGUGAUUUUUAGCCCCUGGACUUUUAUUAGAGGAACCCCGCCGAAAAAACGUUGUUUUUACCCCACCGGAACGCGAUUUUUACCGGGAGUCCCCUCUGAAAAGCAAUUGGGCAAGUUUAGAGUUGCAAUUGCGCGGGUUUUUCUGUGAAAACCUGGCAACCCUAAGUUACCUAAACAUGCCCUGAGACGCUUCCAGUCUUCCACCGCUGGUUUGUCUGUCUGCUCAACGUAAACACGACCGCUUGAGACUUCUUAAAAGACCUAUUUCCAGGAUGUCCGCUUCUCGUACGGUCAUAUGUCUGCUGAGGAACGACCUGCGUCUGCAUGAUAACGAGGUGUUUCAUUGGGCUCAAAGGAAUGCCGAUCACAUAAUCCCCCUCUACUGCUUCGACCCGCGGCAUUACCAGGGCACCUAUCACUUUAACUUUCCUAAGACUGGUCCAUUCCGUUUACGUUUCCUCCUGGACAGUGUGAAAGACCUGAGGGCCACACUGAAGAAACGGGGCAGCACACUGUUGGUGAGACAAGGGAAGCCGGAGGAUGUUGUUAGUGAUUUGAUUCAGCAGCUGGGUUCAGUCACAGCUGUGGCUUUUCACGAGGAGGUGGCGUCAGAGGAAAAGUCAGUGGAGAAGAAGCUAAAGGACAUCUGCUGCCAAAACAAAGUCAAAGUUCAGACUUUCUGGGGUUCCACACUUUACCACAGAGACGAUCUGCCAUUCAGUCACAUUAGAGGGUUACCUGAUAUUUACACCCAGUUUAGGAAAGUAGUUGAAGGACAGGGCAGAGUGCGACCUGUCCUUUCCACCCCGGAGCAGGUUAAAUCUUUUCCCCUUGGACUGGAGGAGGGCACCAUGCCGACAUUUGAAGGCCUGGGACAGACAGAGCCAGUGGAGGACUGCCGCUCGGCCUUCCCAUGCCGCGGUGGAGAGACUGAGGCUCUUGCUAGGCUGAAACAUUACUUUUGGGAUACAAAUGCUGUUGCAACUUAUAAGGAGACCCGGAAUGGCAUGCUCGGAGUUGACUAUUCCACAAAAUUUUCUCCAUGGCUUGCGUUGGGCUGCAUAUCACCCAGGUACAUCUAUGAGCAGAUUAAGAAGUAUGAGGCCGAACGAACCGCCAACCAAAGCACAUACUGGGUCAUAUUUGAACUUCUGUGGAGAGAUUACUUCAAGUUUGUGGGUUUAAAAUAUGGAAACAGAGUAUUUCAUAUGAAUGGUCUGCAAGACAAGCAUGUGUCCUGGAAGACAGAUAUGACAUUGUUCAAUGCAUGGAAGGAGGGGAGAACUGGGGUGCCGUUUGUAGAUGCGAACAUGAGGGAGCUUGCACUGACAGGAUUCAUGUCCAACAGAGGACGUCAAAAUGUGGCCAGCUUUUUGACCAAAGACUUGGGCUUAGACUGGAGACUGGGCGCUGAGUGGUUUGAGUAUUUACUGGUGGACCAUGACGUCUGCAGCAACUAUGGAAACUGGCUCUAUAGUGCUGGAAUAGGAAAUGACCCACGAGAAAACCGGAAGUUUAAUAUGAUCAAACAAGGACUGGACUAUGACAAUAACGGGGACUAUGUGCGACAGUGGGUUCCAGAGCUUCGAGGAAUUAAAGGUGGGGAUGUUCACACCCCCUGGACCCUCAGCAACUCUGCACUCUCGCACGCCCAGGUUUCGCUCAACGAAACAUACCCUUCCCCUGUCAUCACAGCGCCCGAGUGGAGUCGCUACAUCAACAACAAAUCUGUAAGUCGGGUCCACCAGCAAAAGGAAGGAAGGGCUCAUCAUACACACCAAGACAACACAAAGACAGAGGCACUGACUUCUACUUCUCCAAGAAUAAGAGUCUCUGAGGAGGAGGUGUCGUGGAAAAGUGCUUUUUCUGCUGCUGGGCAUCACAAAUAGACGUGAGGCAUCUGUUUAGGCCACGGGUUAAGCAGUGGAAUGAGGAAGGGGAAAUGAAAAAUAGUGGGUUUUGUGUUGCCCUUUCUGAAACCGUUUUCACACAGGAACCGCAGCUCACAUUCUGAAGACGUUUUUAUUAACUGUAACUCUGAUUUUCAUGUAUUUGUAUAUAUUGUGUUGAAUACAAUAUUGUAUUUUUGGUGAUCUUAAUAAAUCCUGGUGUAGUCAAGUAUGA